UUUUGGUAUAUUUGUGAGGGUCAAGCGGUAUAUUUUAGCGGUAAAUUUAGCGGCCUGUGUUUUCCAAACAAAAUAUUAAAAUUUUGAUUUAUAACAAGUAAGAAAACUUGUAGUUAUGGACGACAGUGUAAUAGUGCUUGACGACACGCAGCCCAGCGUGGAAAUCAUAGAAGACGGUGUGGAAGAUGGCGAGUUGGACGAUUCGGAACUUCUGCCUAUGGACACAAGCAGCACCACCGAACAAUUACAGACAAGCGAUGACAAUCCCUUCCAGGAGCCCACCCAAAGCGAGGGAGAUGGUUUGGUGUUCGAAGUAAAGUUCCACAACAAAGUGCACUUUGCCAGUCUUCAGCAAAAAAUGUUGGAUGUCUUGGGCGCAGCAUUUGCGGGCCCGCGUCACCUAGAUUUCAGGACAGACGCAACGGAGCUAGUCAUAGGCGCAUACGACGCAGGCGAAGUGCAGCCGCAAUCACCGUUGUCCCCGGACCUGGACACCUCAGACCUUUUUAUGAUUGACACGGCGCCGGCCCCCAAGCUGCUGGUCUCGCAGGUACCUUCUUACAAGCGCGCCAAUACGGAUGUACUGGACGAGGAAACUGAAGCACGCAAGAAACUAAAGGCCGCGGCGGUAAACAAGUGCGUCCGGCCCAAGAAUCAGUCGUCCUGCUUCAACUGCGGCGAAACAGGCCACGCCCUGCGAGAUUGCCCACAGCCGCGGAACAAUGUGAGGAUUCAACGGGCACGCAAGAGGAUCAGCCAUCGUAUGGAGCGAUACCACGUGGACUUUGAGCAGCGGUUUGGACACCUUCGUCCAGGAAAAAUCAGCACUAAGACCCGCCAUGCAAUGGGCUACAGUCGCAACCAGCUGCCUUUCAUGUUUUAUCGCCUCCGCGUAUUGGGAUAUCCACCCGCUUGGCUUGAGGAGGCCAAGACGCAGAGCUCAGGGAUUGCGAUAUUCAAUGCAGAUGGCACAGAGGUGACGAAAUCUGAUGACGAGGAAGGCGUGUCGAAUACCUUCAAAUACGACCUUAACAAAAUUGUGGAAUUCCCGGGAUUCAAUGCGGAACCCCAUGCUAAAUAUUUCGAUGACUUUAGACAUCACAAUGUGCCGCCCUUCCAAAAGAGCCAGCUUAAGGACAACUUUAUCAGAUCCCUGGGGGAGAAAAUAAGCAAAGGCUACAAACGCAAAAAGCUCUUGGACCUACCAGCCCCGCAUGACGAGAGUCCGACUACGACCGAGCAGACCAACUUCGUUGAGUAUGACAUGGAUGUGGAGGAAGAAGCAGAGGAAACAGGCCAUCCUCCACUACCAGCCUCGGAACCAACUAGCAAAUGUCUACCUCCUCCACCACCACCACCGCCACCAAAGGAACGGGAAGCACGCUCUCCAUCCCCAUCGAUAGAAGACUUGAAGGAGCAGCAGGAGAAACUUCUGCUGCAACUGGAGGGCAAUAUCUCGUUGGACACAAGCAGUUUAACAGCUGACGAAUCCAUAUCUCAGGCAACAUUGACGCAAACCCAGUCGGCGCCCGCAACGCCCAGUGGGACAAGAAGCUUGCCCUCACGUCCCUUCAAGGCCUCCUUCGAGGGGACGCCUAUCAUAAAGUUCUCCAAGUUCGAUCAGCUGCCAGUCGACAGUAACUUCAGGGCGGGCGUGUGCGAUGUCAUCAACUUUGAGAAUCUGCCCGAUUCAACGGGCAAGUACGAGCAAAUGAAGGACCUGCUGAAGAACGUGCGGGAGAAGAUGGUGAAACUGCAGAACGAAGAUUAAUGCAUGAUCCCACCCAUGAUCCACAUAUGUACCCAUUCGACAUACAUAUUUAAAAGCCCUUAGCAGUUAAGUUUUUAACAAUUUAGUUUGCCAAUACACGAGUCAGCGUCCAACUUGUAAUUUGAUUAUAGGAUUUGUGUAUGUAUUUCUGUGUGUUUUUCUUUGUGUCUGUGUGCGCGCGUCUGCGGUGUUUCACUUGUACAGAAUAUGUGUGUGGUGUGUUGUGCUGUUUAAUUGAUCUAAUCUUUGUCUGAUCCCAUGAACUAGGCUAAAUCGAACUGAUGUUACGUGUUUGCUUGUAUCUCCUUCUCUCGUAUAUGAUGUUUGAUACCUGUCCUUGAAUCUUGUGUUUUGUGUCCUUUGUCUAACUGCUCGUAAUGAUAAAACCAAAAAAUGCAAAUUGUUUUGGCGUUCAGCAGCUUCCCGGCACCUAGUUGAUUGCCGGUGGCGGUGGCUGGGGUGGAGGAGGUGCUCCAUCCUGGUUGUUGUCGCGACGAGUGUUCUUGGUGUUGCUCCUCAGACCAAGACGGCCCCAGGUACCCGGAUUCACAACGUACAUGAACAUGGCCAGUAUCAUGAAGACCAUAGCAACGAAGAAGCCAUUGCCAUCAUCACUCCCCGAUCCAGUCGGCUGCAAGCGUCCGCUAACUGCGAUUGAGAACAAUGCGAGGGUCAGAAGCCGCUGCUGGAAUUACUAUGACGCAGCUACUCACCGUCGAUGCACUCGGUGUCUGUGCAAGAGUUCUGGUUUUGACGAAUCUACCACAAAGGAUCAUAUCAAAAUGGGAGCCCGGUGCGGGAUUAAAUCAACUUACAAAGUUUAUGAGACGCUGCAUGGCGAAUUCGUGCGACCAAACGCACUCGCAGCCAUCGAAAUCGUCGGACAUGGUGAAUGGAUUGGUACUGGCUUGUUGCGGAAACUACGCGUAGAACUUAAGCUGGAGUUGCACUGAAAAGAUCCAGAGAAAGAAUGGAAAUGGUGCGUGUCAACUGCAGUGUUUGUAGAGUUAUUGACCAGGCCGACUGACGUGUCUUUUCAAUAGCGCACACAGAUGACAAUAGCUCGAAUACAGAAAUACAGAGAAUUGUUUAAAACAGAACGUACUCAGCUGCGACUAAUUUAUUUGCCAGAACGUAAUCGAGUGGCUAUGGACGACGAACGUAACGUUACUCUUCUCGCGACUGUGAUUGCGAUUGUGUAUGGUUGGGUUCUACAAGAAUUUACAAAUGUGGGCGUACACACACACACAUGUAUUUAUAUUCCGAUAAAGUAUUCGUAUGUUUGCGAAUAAAACCAGA